AGCAGAAACACCACCACCACCAUCACAAAAUUCCUCUCUCUCCCCCUCUCUUCUUCUCCACACUCCUCUCUUUCUCUCUCUCCUCUGUUUUUUACACUCAAGCAUAAAAGCAUGGUAAAUCUCUCUCUGUUAUUUCCUCACAUCCCAUGCAAUUAUGCUGACAACCCAUAAAAGCUAACACCUCUAAGCAUCCAUGGACAACCAGUGCGGUUGCUGGGCUGUCCUUAAACGCGGCGUUAGCGGUACCUGCAAAUCCUCUGCUUCCAAAGACUCUGCCAACACUAUCCCUCGUACUAGUCUUGUUUAUGAUGCAGCUACAGAGACCAGAUAUCUUAAUGCCAGCAAUAGAGACCUCUUGCCUCCAAAUGAAGCCCAACUAUCCUCUGAUGCUCCCAAUCCACUGCCAUCAGAUGAGAAGCCGGUUCGCCAGUUGCUCCAGUUUACUUUUCAGGAGCUAAAAUCAGCAACCGGGAACUUCAGGCCGGAUAGCAUUCUUGGGGAAGGCGGAUUUGGAUACGUGUUCAAAGGGUGGAUAGAGGAAAAUGGGACAGGGCCAGCGAAACCCGGGUCAGGGAUUACAGUGGCAGUUAAAAGCUUAAAGCCAGAUGGUCUCCAAGGCCAUAGAGAAUGGGUGGCUGAGGUUGACUUUCUCGGGCAGCUCCACCACUCUAAUCUUGUAAAGCUUAUUGGAUACUGCAUCGAAGAUGAUCAGAGGUUACUUGUUUACGAAUUUAUGACCCGCGGGAGUCUUGAAAAUCAUCUUUUCAGGAGGACUAUACCUCUACCGUGGUUGAAUAGGAUUAAGAUUGCACUUGGUGCAGCAAAGGGGUUGGCAUUUCUCCACAACGGUCCAGAACCUGUCAUUUAUAGAGAUUUUAAGACAUCAAACAUUUUGCUCGAUUCGGAAUACAAUGCAAAGCUUUCAGAUUUUGGUUUGGCGAAAGCUGGGCCUCAGGGAGACAAGACACAUGUUUCUACUAGGGUUGUUGGAACAUAUGGCUAUGCUGCUCCAGAGUAUGUGAUGACAGGACACUUGACAUCUAAAAGUGAUGUGUACAGCUUUGGUGUAGUUUUACUUGAGAUUUUAACAGGAAGAAGAUCCAUGGAUAAGAAACGCCCUAGCGGAGAACAAAACCUUGUGGCAUGGGCUCGGCCACAUUUAGCUGACAAGCGAAAGCUUUCCCUUCUAGUGGAUCCACGCUUGGAAUUGAACUACUCCAUUAAAGGGGUCCAGAAGGUCUCACAAUUGGCUUACAGCUGCCUCAGUAGGGACCCAAAAUCCCGCCCUACAAUGGAUGAAGUCGUGAGGGUUCUUAUUCCGUUGCAGGAUCUCAAUGACCUCGCCAUCUUAACUCAUCAUUCUCGUUUAUCUCAACAAGGAAGGCGAAAGAAGAAACCUGACGGAACUCACCAGCUCACCUACAGCCAGUCUAAGAGCGUCAGAGAUUCUCCGUUAAACACUGGCAAGCAGCAACGCAGAUGAUUGUUGCCCGCGGUCAACCCCUUUCCUCUACUGCAGACUCGACACACAAUUGAAUGAAACAAAGGUCGCCUUUGUUCAAACGGUUGUGUAUGAACCUUCGAGCCAAAGAAGUGGUAGAGGCCAGGAAAGAUGCACGAGAUCAUUUUCUUUCAAGUACCCUUGCAUUCGAGAGCGCACAUUUGAUAUUUUGGAAUCAGUGUUCGUCACGCCUAUGUUUAAUUUGAGACACAUUUAUAUAUAUCUUGUAAUUAGAUAAACCUCUCCUUUCUGAGAUUAUUAUUUGCAGCUAAUUAAUGUCAGUCGCUUUGAUGAAA